GUACGCACAGCAUCAGUUGCUCCUCUUCCCCCCCCCCGUCUCUCCUUUCUCACUAUAUAUUAUUACUUACUGCACGUUCGAACUUGAAAUCUCAAAUGUCAGUCGUGUGCGUACUUUGAACGAGCGAGGGUUGUGUGGUGUCUCUGACGACUUCAAAAGCUGUUUAGAACGAACGAACGAACGAAGAUAAACAGCAUCGAUGAUAUUAAAGAAAAUGGAACGUUGUUCGUUCAUUGUCUUGUUUGGGACGAUCGUUAUACUGAAAAUUUUUUCGAGUGUCUUCUUGUCGCUUUAUUCGACAUGGACGUCCAUUGUUUUAACGUUAUUUUAGUGCUUCCACCUCAAAUCGAACCAGAAAAUUCUUUCACAAAUCACAUGAUCAGAAUAGUUCCAAUUAAUUUCAAGGAUACUUUUUUAGUACAAACUUUGUACAUAAGUACACGAUACAGUAUCAUUCCAAGAUUAAAGAUUCGUCGUGCUGUAGAGGAAGAUAAUGACGACAUAAUACCGAUAAUCGACGCAGACUCGUCCUAUGUGAAGGAAUUGUACGGGGAGUAUUACAUAAGCGAAAUGACUCGAUAUCCGGACGGUCACCGUCAUUUAAUCGUAUCCGAGGACGACAAUGGUUUAGCUACCGGAGUGAUCUGCGUUAAUUCGACAAUCGAUGUCGAUCUUUUAAAUGAGAAUUUUGAAUUGACUAUUUAUGGUGGACUUAGGAAAACCCAUGAAACAGAUCAGGAUCGGAAGAUAUUAAGAAAAAAUGCAAGCGAGAUUUUAUCCAACAUUUUUGCUGACAAAAUUUUCCAGGAUAUAUUCUUAGACAAGUUGAAAUAUGAGCAAAAAUCAAAUGCAAUCGAUGAGGAUAAACUUGAGAUUGAAAUGAGUUUCGUGGAUGAUGAAAUUCCUAUAAAUAGUUCGAAAAAUGUAGAAUCUAUCAAUAUAAGAAUAGAUGCAGAAUAUCAAACUGUUGAUAAUGAAAUCGAAGAAAUUGGAAAGAAAUCGUUUUCUAAAGAAAAAAAACACGUCCGUAUCAGUGACGUUGUUUACGACGAUGAACUAACUCUAAAUAAAGAAAAAAAUUCAAAAAAUACGAAUGAAAUCCAAUCAUCAUUACGUAAAACAUCAUUGAAGAAAGAAAUUUCUUAUCAAGAAUCGAAAAAUAAAGAUGCUCUGGAAUUUAUUAAGAAUACCGAACAAAAUGAUAGAUCGUCGAUUUCUAAUCAGUUCAAUGUUAACAUUAUGUUCGAAGAUGCGAUACUUCAAGUACCAAAGAUACAUCAGGGAACAUCGUUGAAUUUCGUCGAAUUAGAACCGACUCAUAUGAAACAAGAUAUUUUGAUGGAUUCCGUUUAUCAAGGCGAAAUUAAUGCAUUCGUUGUAGAGAUUUUUGCUGUACGAAAAGAUAUUGGUAAUCGUGGGACGCGAGAAUUUUUGGAAGCUGCUUUUGAAUGUUUCCCUGAUUUAGAUUACUGUGUAUUACUUUUACCAUCAGCUUACUCAUACUUUUCCUUUUUGGAACAAUUCAUGCGCGUACCAUUGAGGUAUAACAAAGACUUUCCUAUGUCUUUGUACGUGGCUCACAAGGCAAUGCUUUUCGGAGAAAUUCGAUCUCACAAAGCUGAUUUAUCCGAUCAAGCUGAAGUGAAACAAUUUUUAAUUGACAUUCCAAAAAGCAAGAAGAUAAUGGAAGAUUUUUAUCGAGCUGUAAAUCAAAAUAAUAACGAUGUUUAUAGUUAUAUUUUCACAUCUGAUAAUAUUAUCAUUGGCUUAGCUAUUCAUUGA